ACUGCCAGUGCCAUUUUGGCUACUCAUUGAGGUUCCGAUGAGGGAGAAUGAAAUCCUCACCUUAAAUGUUGCACUAUCAAUCUUACGGUAACUACUGUUUUCAUUACGGGGCUAGCAUCAUGGUGUAGAAUAGGAGGUGAAGCAAACGCGAUAAAUAACAGCGUGGAGUAGCUUACGAAAGUAUGGAAAGAAGUAACCGAGGGCCAGACGGGCAGUGCAGGUUCAGAGCUUCUCCUUGUUUGUACGCUAAAAAUCUUAAAAUCACGCUCUCCUAAGUGAUUACUCUUUCUCUCCCCCGAGUACUUCUCCAUUUCAAUCAUUGUAAGCAAAUGGCCAUUUAAAACCCACUGGAAAUACACCUUUCACUUCCAUUACUUAACACAUUGAUUAUUCAAAACCAACAUAAUAAUAAUAUCCCCUCUCUUUACUCUUUUAUUGCUUUAAUUCUCCGUUCUAUAUUUUCUUUUCUACUAGUAGCAGUUUUCUUUUCUUUCCUUUUCCCCGGUAGAAAAAGCUUGCCACUGUUCUUACUUCUUUAACUGCUACUUAUUCUCUUUCCCACUAGCUCAGACUCUCUUUCUCUAAGCUAGAGAAAAGGAUUCUUUGUAGACCCACAUCUCUGAUCUUUCUUUCUUUCUUCUUCAUCAUCGUCUUCCUUCUCGUUGUCUUAAAAGCAAUCAACCAUGGAGGAACUGUGCGGUUUCCAUUCUUCGGCUACUACAGCUGCUUACUCCAUGGAGACCCAAACGGAAAACGUAUUAAGUCCUCCUGGAAAGCACCCAGGUUUUCCGUCUCAGGCUGUUGCUUUUCCGGAGCAUGUGUUUGGGUCAGGGCAGUUGCUGUCUGGUUCGUCUGGGAUAUCAGAUGCUGAUUCAAUGGUUGCGGAGAUUCAAAGAGGUGGCUCUGAAGAAGAGGUUUCUAGUGCAAUUAGGGCUAAGAUUGCAUCUCACUCUCUUUACCCUAAACUUCUUCAGGCCUACAUAGAUUGCCAGAAGGUGGGAGCACCGCCGGGGAUAGCGAAAAUGUUAGAUGAAAUCGAUGGAGGAAGCGACGUUAGCAAGAGAAGCGACAUAGUUCCGAGUUGCUUGGGUGCCGAUCCCGAGCUUGAUCACUUCAUGGAAACUUAUUGCGAAAUGUUGGUGAAGUACAAAUCAGAUCUGUCAAAGCCAUUUGAUGAAGCUACCACAUUUCUCAACAGUAUUAAAACGCAGCUUUCUCAUCUCUGCAAUGAUGAAGCUGCGGGAUCAUCUGAAGAAGACUUGAGUGGAGGUGAGAUGGAAGCACCGGAGGAUUACCAGAUAAAUGAAGAGCGUGAAUUUAAGGAGAAACUCUUACGGAAAUAUAGUGGUUAUAUUAGCACGCUUAAGCAUGAAUUUUCAAAAAAGAAAAAGAAAGGAAAACUACCUAAAGAAGCAAGGCAGAUAUUGCUUGACUGGUGGAAUGUUCACUACAACUGGCCAUAUCCUACGGAAGUGGACAAGGUUGGCCUUGCUGAAGCAACAGGGCUAGACCACAAACAGAUAAACAACUGGUUUAUAAAUCAAAGAAAACGUCAUUGGAAGCCAUCGGAGAACAUGCAAAUUGCUGUUAUGGACAGUUUAUAUGGGCCGUUUUUCAUGAAUGACUAAGGAUUGCCUGUGUCUGUAUAUAUUCUUGUUCCGGAACUUUGAUGUCGAACGAAAUGCUUAUAAUCAUUAUCAAAACGAUUGAACAAUUUGUUUAUUCUGAUGUAUUAUGUUUUGCUUGCGUAGAUUCAGAGUCUAAUUCUUGCCGCACCAUGAUGAUAUGCUGCCCCAGUUGUGUU